UCCCGUGUGCACUGCUGCUCCUUCGAAGUUUUGUUCUCGUGGUUAGUGUUCUUUGGACCGUUUGAAAUUUUUAAGCUACGGUGGACUAGGUCACUUUUCACGGAGGGAAUGGCGUUCCAUGUCCGCCUUGAUAGACCGUGAGCCCAAAAUAUCUUUAUGUAGUAUUUGUAUAUGUACCAGGGCAUUCCGCCUGAAUGGCUCAUCCAGAUAAGCUUAAUCACUUCCUUGUCACAUCAAAGUUUCUAUAAUAUAUUACAGGUCUUUGUACAAAGAUCACACACCAUACCAUUAAGAAUGGGAAACAUAACUUCCCAUCAUCACCACGAUCACCAUGGGUCAAGGACGGACUCUUGUCUUUCAAGAAAUACAAGAUCCACCUCAUCCUCACCAAUAUGCCGGUCAAGAUCAACCAGAGCUGCCUCAACACCGCGAAAAUUCCUGGGUCGUCGUUCGCGCUCGUUAAACGCUUCACAUAAAGUCCGAGAGCAGAACAUCCAAGAGUCGGAACCGAGGCCUCCGAUUAGGAUUGGAUAUCCUUAUUAUGAGGAGGUUACGCUGUUAGCGGAGAAAGACGAGAAGAGACAUAAGAGGCAUAUUUUGAGACGGUCCAUGAAAUCUGCGUAAUUGGAGUGAUUUUUGGGGAGUUGAACUUUCCGAGCUGGUUACCGGUAGCAUCACUGGAUUGAUGGGGAAGAUUAUGAUGAGGAGGACCAUGACGAAGAAGACGAUGAUGAAGUUGUCCAUGAAAACUAUAGAAAGGAAGGGGAAUUUUGGGCACCGGAAUACGAAGCAACCUGGGACGAGAAGAAUAGAAGGGGUAGAUGAUUUGGAACACUGGACGAUAUAUUGAUACCCACUCAUUUUGUAUUUAUUCGGCGUUCAGUUCAAUAUAUCGAAAGAGCACCAGGCGCGCAACAUAAACAUUAACUUAUAUACUCUAUGUAAUCAUAAAAAAAAACGAGAAUAUAACACAACCAUGCGACCGAAUCUAGUCCAACUUCUGCAAGAACG